UCUUGUCGAGAAUCCGAGGCCUGGAAUCGAUCUUUCCGUCCGAGGGCGCCUGCGGUUUCCGUGGUGUCUGUCCACGGGCACUGGCACCUUCCAACGCAUGCGAAUUACUCUUGCCUUGUUGUUCUUUCCGUGCUUUCAGGAUCCCCUCGGAAAGUGCGAUACUUGCGUUUGUGAUGACUAUAUCAUGCGUGCCCAUCCUCCAGUCUCCCCUCCAUCGUCUCUUCACUCUCCUUUACCAAGACAUCAUCACGGCCGCAGCGUUCACAUCUCCCACCACAGCAUCGGCUCGUUCUGUUUUUCCUCCAGUCCAACCAUCUCUUGUUUUGUCUUGCCUUCCUCCUUCAAGUCUUUAUUACUGCAUAUCCACCUGGUCGGCUGCACCGUGCACUUGCAACAGUCCAGUCUUCUUCACCCUAUACCUCGUCGGCCUCAGAACCGCAUUCGGUCAUGUCAUCAUCGGCCUCUUGUGCUUUUCAUUUCUGAGCUUUGUUUUGCUCUCUGCGACUCAACUCAAAGGUGAGGUCCCUCGUGAUGAAUGCAAAACUUCCAUGGCCUGAGCCUGCUGGGCGAAGAUGACAAA